CAGGCUCAUGCAUCCAACACACACACACACACACACACACAAACACACGUACCGUUGGUUCCUCCCACCGUAUUGCUAGAGCACCAACACAACAUCAUUCACGCGUGUCACUGAAGCAUCCACCCACCAGCCAUACAUACAUACAUACAUAGCACAUCUGAUGCCGUCUGGUCUUGUCGGCUAGUGCCCUCCCUCCUUCCCGCCCGCCCUUCCAUCCCUCCCUGAGUUAUUCGAUGCCCAGUGGAAUGAACAGCCCCGUCCUCGACAGGCGCCCCAGCUGACCCCACCCAAACUGGCAGUCCUGGUCGCCGAGGUGCUCGUUGAAGCCCUUCUGCACGCCCGUCAGCUGAUACUUGGCCACCUCGUCGAGCCGGGCCUUGUGCACCACCUCACGCACACCCGUCAUCUUGUUGACCACCUGCCCCCCACUGCCGGCGGCACGAAUGGCGAAGCACUUGAGGGGCGGGACGGUCACCUUGACGCGCUUGUCGCCCUGCUGCUCGUAUCUCGUCCCGCCCACCACCUCUCUGUUGCUGCUCGUCUGUGUGGCCGCCGACUUGACGAAGUGGUUGACAGCCGCACGAACGCGGCGCCUCAGCUGCGAGUCGCCGAUGAGGUACUCGUCGAUGGCCGCGGAAGCAGCCGAUGGCUCGUGCAGGAAGGCCCCGAUCUUCCAUGCGAUGCCCUCGGCCUCGUGAGGUCCGAAUGCCAUGUUGGAUGGGGAGGGGUGGGGGUGGGCGCCGUCGUGGUGGGGGGCGAGGGGCAGCAGACGGCCGAGACGCAUCGAGUGGUCGCGCUGGGGACGAAGAGCGUCGUUGAUGGCCGACAUGGUGGCAUUGGGCAGCUCGUUGAGCACCGUGGUAUACUCAGUCAGCACCAGCUGGCGCUUCCGGCGGUCGGCCUCGGUGGCAAUCGGCAUGCGGGUGAUGUCUGCGCCGGUCCGCAGCAGCGUCCGGAUGGUGGCCUUGAUAUUGGGAAUGAUGCUCGAUUGAAGCAUCUCUUGGUAUUGUCGGUCGAGUUGUUCGUCGUGCAGAUCCUCAUGCAUGUGGACGUCCCCCUCCAACCUGUCGACUCGAUCGGCAGCUGUGGCGAGAGCUGUCCUGUUGGGGAUCACGCCGGAUGUGGGUGUGUCGAUCUCGUUAGGCGGGAGGCGACGGCAGAGAUAGUCAGCCGAGCAAGGCGAGCCCAUGGACGCCGCGUCGUGCAGUGGCGUCCAUUCGAUGUUGCGAGUGGCCGUGAUGCUCGCCCCGUUCUCGACGACAAGGUCCAGGUAAGCGUCGAUGAAGCCUUGAGAGACGUAUCCUCUCUCGUUCCUGGCUGCGUGGUGCACCAGGUUGCCGCCCAUAGCCUGUUCCACCUCAGUCGCCAGAGUGCUGUCCUGCUGAAUGAGGCGCCGAUACAUGGCCAGCAGGGCGUGCUCGUAGUCGGAGGGAGCGCUUCUGCCAAACGAGUCUGAGUGAGGCAGCUCCAUCACCAUGACCCCGUGAACGUUGGCCUGAUGCUGCAUCAGCAGGUUAAAUGCCGCCUCGCUGCCAGCCGCGAUCGCCACACGGAUGGGCAUCGUGGGCUGGUGAUGAUGCGGGCGUCCCUGAUUGACAUCUGCACCUCCAUUAAGUAGUGCGGUCAUGAUGUCACGCUCGAGCUGCGGCGACGACCACUGCGGAAGGACAAGUGGACGGUUGAGAAGGAAUCCGCUGCUCUCGUCCCACACCCCAUCGUUCUGAAAGCAGGCCCAGACGGAUCCCCAGACGGAUGGGAUGCAGCCGCCGCUCUUGUUGUCGAUAGCGAGGGCAAGCAGCGGAUAGUGCGAGAGUUGUUCGAAUUGGUAUUCGAGGGCGUCCGUGCGCAGGUGCAAUGCGACUGAGGCAUCGGCGUCUGCUCCUUGUCGCUGGAGCCGCUGCGUCACCUCGUCGGCACUAAUGACAGUGCGGCAGAUGAUGGCCUCCGCCAGCUGUCGGCUGACAUCACUGUAUUCGAGCUCGUCAUCGAACUCAAUGUUCACGCCGCCGAGUUCCGUCCAGUCAAUUCCUGCCGAUAUGACAACCACCCAACAGCAUGACGUUUGCCAUCCCCUUCCCUCUUCGUGCAUGCCUCCCUCUCUGCUCAUCUAUCUCACCUGAUUGCGUCAU